UUUGAAUACGUUAGACGUUGCUUCUAGCUGAAAUAGUGUGCUAAAACGCCACAUGAAUGCGAUUAGCAGGGCACUUGAGCAUGGGAAAUACGUAAAACAAAAUCGGCACAAUUUGGUGAUAAGAUGUAAUGUAUGCCAUAAAUAAUAUACCGUUAACUGAGUUAGUCUAAGUACAAGCUCAUAACGGCAAGAAUAAAACUUUAGUAGUCGUAUCACGACAACGGCGGAGGGCAGACAAAAACAGAAGAAAUGAGUUGGGCACGAGGAUUUACAGUCUUGGCCGUGGUGUUUGCCUUGAUCAGCGUCGUUACAGCGACUAAGGACGAAACAAUUUUCGAGCGUACCUUUAGACAGCUGCAUCAGGAACCGCCACCACCUGAGCCGGCGACGCAGAAUCGCGCCAAUAUAGAGUAUUUGGAGAUCGAACAAAAGUUGGAUAAUUUCAAUGAAACCGAAACACGCACAUGGCAAAUGCGUUAUAUAGCAAAUGAUGAAUUCUACAUGCAGGGCAGUCCCUUUUUCAUAUUUGUCGGCGGUGAAUGGGAAAUAACCCCCGGUUAUGUCACGGGCGGACACUUCUAUGACUUGGCCGAAGAGCAUAAUGGUUAUCUUUUCUACACCGAACACCGUUACUACGGCCAAAGCUAUCCGACAAGUAAUAUGGACAAUGAGAACAUCCGAUACCUAGACGUACGUCAAGCUUUGGCAGAUUUGGCGCAUUUCAUUGAGCAUAUGCGUGCAACCAUACCCGGCGCUGCCAAUUCGAAGGUUAUACUCGCCGGUGGAUCCUAUUCGGCUACAAUGGUGACAUGGUUCAAGAAAUUGUAUCCUGAGUUGGCGACAGGUGCUUGGGCUUCGAGUGCGCCACUCUUUGCUAAGAUCAAUUUUUACGAAUAUAAGGAGGUUACCGGCCAGUCCAUACGCUUAGUCGGUGGCGAAGGCUGUUAUAACCGAAUUCAAAAUGGUAUUGCCGAAAUGGAGAGAUUGUUCGCUAACAAACGCGGUGCCGAAGUGAAAGCAAUACUGAAACUUUGCGCCGCUUUCGAUGAGUACAACGAUUUGGACUUGUGGACCUUGUUCAGCGAGAUUUCCGAUAUUUUUGCAGGCGUUGUGCAGACACACAACACUGGCCAAAUCGAACGUGUCUGCAGUAAAAUUAUGGAAGGCGAAACUGAUAUAAGCGGUGUUGCUGGGUAUUUAUUAACGCAAUUCGGUAGUGCUUCUUGCAAUCAACUAACCUAUAAAGCCAUUAUAGCCACCAUGAUGGACUCCACCUUCGAUGAUAACAUAAUGCGUCAGUGGGUUUAUCAGACCUGCAAUGAGUUCGGUUGGUAUCAGACGUCCAGAUCUACGCAACAACCUUUCGGCACUAAAUUCCCUGUGGAUCUCUACUUGCAAAUGUGUGAGGAUAUCUACGGCGAACGCUUCUCCAUCGAAUACAUAGUCCAACAGGUGGCGGCCACCAAUCAACUCUUCGGUGGAUUGGAACCAAAUGUCGAGAAUGUUUACUUUACACACGGUCAACUGGAUCCAUGGCGCGCAAUGGGCAUACAGAAUGCCACCGAGGCAACGAUUGUACCGCUUUAUGCGCAUUGCAAAGAUUUACGCUCGAUCAGCGAUAGUGACAGCGCCGAAAUGCGUGCGUCAAAGGAAAAAUUCGCCCAGUUGGUGCGCGAAUGGAUCGGCAGCACUGAUAACGGUAGCGAUAGCGUGGCUAAUAAAGCGAAAACCUAUUUGAGCAAAUAACGUAAUUAAUUGUAGUAUUUUAAAAACAUUGUUAGUUAACGGAUUCAUUGCCGGCGGCGUGUGCCAAUAAAAUUGAAAACAAUGAAACUGA